AAUGAAUAGAAGAAAUGUCCCCGUAAAGACAAAAUCAGAUAGAAAUUAGGAGAAAAAAAAAAUAAUAAAUAAAAAAAUUACUCCUACUAUCGGAUUCGAAAACUCUAUCUUUAAUAUUACUUAGAAGUUAGACCGGAAGUGUCCGGUGAGAAACUUGAGAUUUUUCGGUUUCGGUAGUUACCGAAAUGAUAAGAAAUGAUUUCAAUGUUUUAUGCAGGAUAAAUGGACGACACUGUAUAGGAUGGAAACACAUAAAGAUAAAGAUCACAGCUGUAUACACCUCUCUUUUCUUUUUUUUUUUGUCUUCACUUUCUCGUCAUCUCACAGCAGUUAUAGAUUAAAAUGUACUUCUUGGUGUACAUUGGAAUCCUUCUCUAUGUUGGGUUGAAGUUCAUUACCUCGGCAUUACCACGAUUGUUUUUAGUUCCUCCACACGAUUGGAGAGACAAAAUCAAAAAGGUCAUCGAACAUCCGAAACCAAUUUAUUUGAAAGUAGGAAGCAAAAGGUCUGCUUAUCGUAGACGUCUUGUAUUAGCGUCAGAUGCACCAGCUUACUACACUAAUUUUGUCAAUAAUAAGCUUAAAAUUCUGCCUGAUGAUGCAAAAUCUUCAGAUUUUGAACACCUCAUGAAAAAUCGGGAUGUGGAUGAUCCUCACAGACGCUUAGUGUAUGGUUUCUUCCAUCCAUAUGCCAACAAUGGCGGUGGUGGUGAAAGAGUGUUAUGGUUGGCCGUACAAGCCACCCUUAUGGCCAGUGACAGAAAUGUCGUGGCUAUUUACACCACUAACAUCGAUGCACAACCAAAAGAUAUUUUGAAUAAAGUCCAACAAAAAUUUCAAAUUGAACAUUUGGAUGGUUCAAGAAUUGUGUUUAUAUACUUGAAGAAGUAUGGUAAAUUCAUUGAUGCUGAUUAUUGGAAACAUUUCACCAUUUUGGGACAAUUUUUCGGGUCAGUAGUCUUGGCACUUGAAGCCAUGUAUGAGCUUUCUCCCGAUGUUUGGGUGGAUACUAUUGGACUCCCAGCCAGUUACUUCCCAGUGAAUUUCAUCUUGAAGAUCCCCAUCAUGAGUUAUGUUCAUUAUCCUGUCCUUCAACCAGAAAUGUUUGGUAAGCUUAAAUUUAAGGAUUUCCUGUUCAACUCCUUCAAGACCAUUAAACCAAGUUUGCAGGAUGUGAAAGAGUUGGGUAAGUUGAUGUAUUGGCUGGUGUUGUACUACUUGUACGUUUACCUUGGUAGUCUUGUGGAUGUAACCUUGACUAAUGGUACAUGGACAAACAAUCAUAUGCAAUCCAUUUGGUCUGUAAACAAGUCUAUGGGUAAGAAAGUGGAUAUAUUGUAUCCUCCAUGUGGGGAAUUCAUCGAAACUGUUGACCUUGUGACAAAGAGAGAAAAUAAAAUGUUAUACAUUGCUCAAUUUAGACCUGAAAAGAGACAUGUCUUGAUAUUAGAGAAAUAUAGCCAAUUCUUACAACAGAAUAAGAAGGUUUCUCCAAAAUUGAUCCCUUCCUUGGUAUUUCUUGGAUCUUGUAGAACCGCUGAAGAUACCGCCACCCUUGUCGAAGUCAAAUCAUUGGCACUGGAACUUGACCUUGAUGUUGAGUUUGUCGUUGAUUGUUCUUAUGAAGAAGUUCUUUCAUGGCUUUCGAGAGUUAAAUAUGGACUCAAUGCCAUGUGGAAUGAACAUUUUGGCAUUGGAGUAGUUGAAUAUCUUAGUAAGGGAGCUGUACCAUUAGUCCAUGCAUCUGCAGGACCUCUCCUUGAUAUUGUCACUGGAUGGGAAGAUGAACAAAAUAAGGGUAAAUGGCACAAUAAUACCGGAUUUUUCUUCAAAGAUAGCACUGAUCCUGACUACAAGGGAGAGGUUUCGAAAGAAGGAUUUUUGAUAUUUGACAAUGAAUCAUUCCCUGAUUUUACUCAAUUGUUGGAAGAAAUUAUUGUCAAACAUCCAGAACUUAGUAGUGAUGAGAACUUGAAUAAACUUCGUGCUAAUGGCCAAAAAUUGUUACAAAAAUUCUCUAAUAGUGAGUUUGUUGAACAAUGGGUGGCACAUGUCGGUGAACUUCAAUAUCUUGAGAGAUCUUAUCGAGAUAAGAGAACUGAUAUAGUUAGAGUGUAUUAGUAUAUGAACCAAAU